CUUGUUUGGUGUAGCUAGUCUCCUUCCUACUCAUAUGUACCUCAUAAUAAUAGCAUCUGAAGAGGUAAUACUUUGAACUGAUAACCAAACCUUGUCGACGUAACCGAAACUACUUUCAUACUGGGGACAUGAUGAGCCAACUGAUGAAUGGUACUCAUGUACUCAAGUUCACUCCAUCUUCUUCGUACUUGUACUAAACUUUAUGAAUUCCUAAACCAUCGAGUCAUGAAGCUGUGUAAAGGCUGUUGGUGGCCAUGUUCGAAAGGUAGCAUGGCAUGGAUAUCAAGCACCGAAGUGAUUCGUGAACGCUUCCGUUGCAGGGGACCUGUCACGAAUCGAGUGCAUGAAGCAAAACAUAUAUCGAUAGCUCGGCCUCGUCUUUGUCUUUGGCUCGUCCAAUCUGUCCAAUCUGCUCGACUUCGAAAUAUCGACUCCUUGCUGCAUGACGAGUCUCGCUUUUGGUUUGGUAAGUGCAUGAAAAGUACUGAAAAUCUGAAGAAAUAUGGAAGAGUAGAAUAGAAUUGGCAGCCGAGCUCAGCAUUUUGGAGAACGAACAGCUGGGAGUCUGGAGGAAUGGUGCGUUGUAUCGUUGGCAGUGGCUCUGAAUUCCGGACCAGACGGUGCAGAAGCGACACUUCGUCAGCUGUCUCUCCAGCCAGCAGAUGUGCCAAGGGAAUUCCAGAGUGCCCCAAGUCAUACUGAAUGUCCGGAAAAGGCUCGCGAGCUGGCACAAAAGUCGCCUUGCAUGCGCUGAACCUGAGGUACCGCUCGCACAUCGAGCUGUCCGAGCAUGGACAACUUCCCAAGCGCUGCUGCUGCUGGUCGAGUGUGCAAUGUUGCCCAAGUCUUCUGGAAUCUGCGCAGUGUUUACACGGAGCUCUGAACACAUGUCAUCAGCCCGGGCCUGCAGCGCGUACAGCAUGAGAAACAGGAAUCCUGCAUUGUGGAGGAAAUCCCCCAGCCUGGAAGGACCACGGCAUCAGAGAUGUAACCAAAUUCUAUAUUGCUCUUCAAAGAGCAGUAACUGGUGACAUGGAGAGGAUCGAGAAUGACGGCACGAGAUCAGUGUGAGAGUUGCUCACGGGUCAACGUGAAACCCAACGGAGUUCACAUUCUUGAUCAUUUCACGCAUGUAGUCCUUAGCAUUCUUUCCUCAGCCCUUUCUAUUUCUUUUUCGUGUUCCCGCGUGUCUUCUUUUACCAAAAUCAGUGAAUCUAAGAAAUGUAUAAUUCUCGAGCUGCGAAUCAAUGAUUGUAGAGGAUUCUCGAAGAUAGCUCUGCACUGCCACUCCCUCAUCAACGCAGGUUAUGGGUCACAAAGUCUUAUCUGCACUACCUGCUCGCUUGUUAUACAUACAGCUCGAGAGUUUUGCACGUUCUUCACAGGCUUAGGCAUUCUGUUAUAAUCUCCUGAAAAAAAGUCGACGGUUGCCGAGUCC